AUGCCAAAUUCCCAAGUACAAAGCUUUAUAGAGCGAGCUCGCUUUGAGCGUCAAGAGGAACUGAAUCGACUAGCUCAGGAACAGCACGUGAACCUAGGAUUGAUUCUGGGAUUGUCUUUGAAACUUGGUAAAAAUCAAUCACAUAUUGAUUACGCGGGCGGGUUAGACAGCAAUAGAAGAUGGGCGGACUUGGCUAAAUUGGCAAAGUUAUCACGAUGGGAAGUCAAGCUGGGUCACCAGGAACUGGAUACAAAAGAAAUAAAAGGCAUACCCUCGCUUAAAGAUGCACUUGUCAAUGCUGCUCCGAUAGAAACAAGCCAGAACGCUGCCAUAGCGCGGAAGAAGAGGAGUGAAAGGAAACAGCACGACUACGCUGGUAUACUCUCCCAUAUCGACACAGCGGCUAUUGCCUCCCUUGCAUUUGAUAUCAUGCAGGCUCGCUACAGUUGCGCAUCCGACAACGGCUCAUCAUCGCUAGGCUCAUCAUCACCACAACUACCCCAGGUCGAAGGGCCGUUCUUUGGAUCGGCGCACAUCUUCUAUUCGAUUGAGUUCGCCAGUUCUCGGGACCCCGAUGAUACUAAGUGGAUAAUUAAGAUUCCUAUCAACGGCACACCAGAUAUAUGGGAUGGAUUAUGCGCCGAAGCCAUCCGCAUCGAGGCACUUGUGCUCAUGACGCUUCGGUUGGAGUCAUACGUGCCGGUGCCUGCUAUUAUCGACGCCGACUCAUCUCCUCAUAACGAGCUUCAUGUUCCCUACCUCAUCAUGGAGUACGUGACUGGUUUGACACUGGAUCAGGUCUGGUUUAGUGGAGAUGAUGAGAAGGAGACCCGAGCAAUAAGGAGCAAGGUCCUACGGAGUCUAGCACGGGCAAUGCUUGAACUAGGGAAAUACGAAUUUAAACAUGGGGGGGCUCCCGUUUUCGACGACUAUGGGAGAAUCGUCAGCACGGGACCCGAGAGAGAGCUCAACAUACAGGCCAUGAUAAACCGCUGGUUCGGCAACGAGGAUUGCGAGAGGAUACCUCUGUACACUGCGGUAGGUCCUUUCAGAAACGCGAGGGAAAUGUACACGACACUCUUAGAUCAGUACCCAUACGAUACUGAAGCAAGCGUUGGCGUCAAUAAAUUACUUCGCCUCCUCGUAGGUCUUCUCCGCGAGCCCUCGAGGCCAAGAUCCAUCAAGGGCAAGGAAAAGGCGAGUCGGCAAAAGAAGGGAUUCGUCCUUACACAUCCGGACCUGAGCAUGCGCCACAUCAUCGUGUCCAAAGAAGGCAAGAUCAAAGCAAUCGUGGGCUGGGAUGGCGUGCACUUCGCGCCGAGAUCACUUGGCAACGAGAUUUUCCCGCCGUGGCUCGUCAGGGACUUCAAUACGUUUGUGUGGCGCUGGCGGCCGUCACCUGUGCUCUGGAGGGGGAAAGGGGCGAACGAGGAACCGGAGGAGAAUCGCUACGAGGAUGCGCCGUGGAUAUUGAAGGAGUUGAGGGAUGAGUAUGCGGGUGUCCUUCGAGCGUUGAAGAAGGAAAGGGGAAAAAAAGGGGAUAGGGAUAUAGAAGGGAGUGUAGACGUGGAUGUAACGAAACAAUCGUUGCUGGCGCUUAGUCUGCGCACGGCGGCUAGGGAUCCGAGGUGUAGGACUGCUGUCCUAAGGCGGAUUCUGGAGAAGUGCUCUCGGCCGUCUGAAGAGUUUGACUUUGAGCGGAUUAUUGAUGUAUUGGGGAGUGGAGGGCAUCUGGAUGGGUAUAUGCUUAAGUGCUUGGAGAGGAAUUUUAGGGAGCUUGUGGAUCGUGGGUAUGUUAGGGGUGCUGUUGUUUGGUAA